AUGGCCCUUCGCCUCAGCGCCUGGCUUGAAGAAACGUUCGAGUCCCAGCUGCUGCUAGGCAACCAGUGGCUCCAGGACACCUUUGAGAAGAAGCGGUCUGGCGUUAGAGCCCAAUUGCACAGGCAGUGGGACGUGUACCACGAUAACGGAUCGUCUCUGGAUAUCAUCAACUACGUCCACUCUGACCGCAACAGCGCACUGUUGGUCGCGCCUCUCACGCUUACCGACGGCCAAGUUCAGAUCCUCUCCCAAUUCACGCCCGACUGCGCUCGGAACUUCCUCCAGGAAUUCCCCGCGCUAUCGCACCUGUCCAUCGGCACCACAGUAGCCGUCCGCACCUUCACUAUCCGCCUCACCUCGUACGGCCCGCCGCGCGAAAGACUGCGCCUGAUACUAGAUCGGAUCGAUUGGCUGGGCGAUAACCACGAACGGGUACAGAAUCUGGAGCGUGAGAGUCUGAGGCCACUGCAUGCUUGCGAGCACAUUGGUGUCUUGCUAGAGCAGCUGCGCAGUAUCCGCGAGCGAGAAGACCGCCGAUGCUUGGCAUCUGGUGCUGAGGAAACGGACGUAGAAGCAGUCGACGACGCUACGGGGGAUAACAUGGGUUCAGAUGGGAACAUGCCGCAUGGCAACGAGCUCCAAUCACAGAUGAUGGGCACUCAGCUGCCAUUUGGAACACAACUGCCUCUCCCAUCCCGUCCUCAUGCAGGCAACGAGGAGCCACAGGUCAUAGGAGUGAACCGGCUGGAGCCAGUCCUAGGCGGUAACACCCAGCGAAAAGAGAUACGGCCAGGUGCUGCUAGCACAGACUACGAGAAACGUCAAGAAAUGCUGCUGGAUCUUCUCGGUAAAGGUUCCAAUUCCAACGCCCGCAAACCUGAGGCGACCUCGGCGAACAGUUUCGUGCAGUCAGCUUUCGGUAAGCAAAGUGACAAUACGUCAACUGUAGAUGAAUCUCUCGAAGCACCGUCAGAUGCAUUGCAGCAACAGUCAAGAAGGUCCGAACCAGAAGCCGGGAACGAAGAUCCCUCGCCAUCUGUGUCCAAUCAUGGGAGGAAGAGAGUCAAGAGGGUCCGCGAGAUAUCGCCCGAACCUGCAAAAGCUACCGAAGACGUUCGAACCGAGGAGCAAACCAUUGAACAAAGUCUGAUUGAGGAUGACAAUGAGACAAUGCCUCCGUGCUCUUGGAUGGCAGACUUGAUCUUCAAUAGCGAGACGCUAAAGGUACCUAGAAUCCAGCGGAACUGUCUGGACAGGGAAACCAGUUGGCUAAAACCUCAACCCGGGGUUCAGCCUUUCCAGGCUGGAAACAUGCCGCAAUCAAUACUCAUGGCUUGUCAUCGGAUGGCUGACGAGAGAGCUGGCGCUGAAACUGACGAUGAAUCGGACCCAGAUCCGUCUGCAGAGACUGUCGAUCCAUCGCCCGAGUCUCUGCCCCAAAAGACGCAAGAUGAUGAACCUACCUUUACCAAAAAUGACAGAUCUGCGAGGACAAAAGAUGAUGAGCCCGUGACUACUCAAGACGACAGUGAUGCCGGUAGGGAGAGGUCCUGGAGCACGUCUCCGGAGCCUCCACCACGUCCAGCAAGAGUCCAUCAAGAACUUCCUCCUGACUCAAGCAUCGAGAAGCCCGCAUCUCAUUCAGAACAGGAUUCUGCGUCACAGCCAAUGUCCGCCAGCAAGCAGUCACAAAAUCGUUCUGUCGUCGAGAUUUCAGAUGACGACGAGCCAACUGGUCCAUCAUCCUCGCCACCCGUUCCAGCUGCACCCGCAGAUUCUGACGAUGAAAUGAACAUGGAAGAAUCCGUUCCACAAGCCUUGGGCGAAGAUCUUACACGGCACAGAAGAGAGACAUCGGCAAUCGGGAAGGCUCCAAAGUCUGAUCCCUUGCGGUCGCCUGUAGUUGUUCAGGUGAAAGAAACUCCAUAUGGAAAAGGCAAGAAUGCCCCAGGCGCCCAAAGCUCAAGCGGCGAGCCAAAACAACAAUCAUCUACAUCGAUAGUUCAUAGUACAUACGAUACGCCUAGUCUCUCUGAUCUUGCCGAGCUUGGGGUCAUGCAAAGUUCAGGCGACAAGCACAAGGGAGUUGAAGUACCUAGCAGUGUACCCCAAGGCCCCAACGGCGAUGACGCUGGAGACAUAGAGAUGCUAGACCAUAUCCCAGACGCACAAGAUCUCAAUGGCAAGACGGCUGCUGCACAGCCAUCGCAACACAGGCUAGAUCAAGGGACGAAGUCCACAUCUUUCUCCCAUGCAACGACCAAAUCUACGCAUCUAUCGCCGGAAAACCGUGGCGUACAGUCAUCACCGGCAGUACCUCACCUCGCUUCACAAUCCACCAAGCGCAAGCUUAUUAGUUCGCCGACCAAGAGCAAACGUCGACAAUCUAAGAGACGCGAAAUCAAGAUUGUCGGGUUUGGAGACGAGGCUCCGUCUGCAAUCGACCCAGUGGCUGCGUUACUCAAAGAACGAGACGAUUCUCUACGCAGAUGGCGGGAGCAACGUAAUUCUAGCACAAGCUUUGACAGUCGACCUGAGACUACGAGCAGAUUUGCUACGGAAGAUUCAGACGCAAUGGAUAUUGACGGUGCUGUGAAAGUGGAGAAAAAGGAGCCAUCGCCCAGCAUGUCCCCUCGGCACCAGGAUCUAUAUGACGAACCGAGUCCUAGACAAGUAAAGCCCGCUGCAAACCCAGCUUCCCAGCCGCCCACAACACAUCCUCAGUCACAAGGCCGCUCCCGUGACAAUCGACCUCGUGGUCCCGUUCCGAUACAUAUGCAACCUCCACCAGCAUCUUCAAAGCAAGUAGACCAAGAUGAUGUCCAAACCGUCUUCCAGUCCUUCAAGUCCGCCUAUCCGCAAUAUGAUGGUGAUGAGAAGCACUUUCGAAACCAAUGCACGCAGAUGUAUCAACUGGAACAAGAAGACAAGAUGGUACCGAAAUGGCAGUGGGACGACUUCAUCAUACGGAACAGGACAGACUACAGGCAAUAUGCCAUGGACUGCAUUGGCCAAGGGGAAGAUCCGGAGCCAUACCAUCGCUUCUACAAGAACGACAUCCGCGACACCUUGUACAAAGAGGGCAUUAUCGGUAACACCAAGACGCUGCAAAGGGCACUAGAGGAGCUUAGUGGUGGUUCAGCUGCAAAAAUGGCCGAGCUUAAACCGGUCGUUCAAUCUGCUCCGAAGCCAAAACCAGUAAGGAAGUCACUGCCAGGUUCUUUCAACCAGCCCAAGAAACCCACACAUGACCGCGUCAACAACGCCCACUCCCGUCCGCGCCAGUCCCUUCCUGCAGACCCGCGUCCUCACGCCCAAAGCCCUCUCCGACCCAGCUCGCCCUCAUCCGGAUCCUCAUCACGGCCCCAGCCACGCCCACCAAAUCCCACGAAACGGGUACCCUCUACAACCCGGCCUCCACGCCAGCCUUCCAACAACCCCCCUCCCGAUACCACCGCCCCAACCGACCCAGCCCCCACCACCACAAGCACCGGCGACAAAUACCGCGACUUCGUCUUCGCCAUGCAACGCAGCGCCUCCUGGACCGGCAGCACUGAAGUGAGUUCCACGCCCAAGGCUAAAAAGUGA